AUGAGCAUUGAUUACUCUUCGUCUUUAAUAAAAAUUCAAUUAUUUCUGGUUUGUUUUCUAACGUUUGGUGCUUUGACGUACUCUUUUUCUUUUGAUGGAAUAAGAAUACCUCCUUCUAAAUCGAUUAUUAUACACCCGUACCAAUUUUUUAUGUUCGAAAAAGAUGAAUCAUAUAAAAAUUUAUUUGUCCCAAAAGUUGCAGAAUACUCAACGAUUUACUUUAAUAACUUAAAAGUAAAAUCAAGUAAUGGAAUUAUCCAAAAUAAUGAAAGUAUAGAAAUAAUAAUUGCCCCAAGCAAAGAUUUAGAGAGUCUCAUAAAGAACGAUCAGUUGGGUGUAUGUUGUAAUAAAGAAAGUUUACUAUCAGGAAAUUGCCAGGUUGAAAAUACAUUUAUUAAACCAAAUAUUGAUGGGAUAAUUUAUGUUGGUGCGAAUCUGAACAAUUCAAAUUAUUCUUCGAACAUAAAAAGAGGAGGAGCAUACUCAUUAAUGAUAUCUAAUUGUGGGAAUUCAAAUGAUGGGUACUUAUACGGAGAAUUAGUUAUUAAAAAUGUAUAUGGGUUUUUACCUGCAAUCGAAUUUAUGAAAAUCAACUUGUAUUUCUUCGGAAUAGUAUUGUACGCAUUUCUGACAAUUUAUUGGAUUUAUAAAUGUAUAAAGAAUAACAAACAACUCAUAAAUAUGCAAUAUUUUAUCUUAGCUGAAUUAUUAUUAAGUAUUAUUUCUUCAUUUUUGUGGUUACAAUAUUUUAGGCAAUGGAAUCUUACAGGGUCAAGCUCAAUAUUUCUUUUUGGUGUUUCUUCCACAAUUAAUAUUUUGAAGUUAACUAUUGUAGUUAUUUUGACAUUAAUUGCAUCUCAUGGCGUAGGAAUAUCUAUAAUCUCAAUUAAUUCAAGAAAAAAAAUUAUUGCAAUUUCCACAACUGGAGUGAUGUAUUUUUUAAAUACGUUGUUUAAAGAGUACGUAAUUUAUUUGAGAUCCAGAAAUUUAAACAUUAAUUCAAGUCUGUUAUUAUAUUCAAUAUUACCUAUCGGAAUAUUAAAUGGAAUUGUUUUUUUUUGGGUAUUUCACGAAUUAGUUAAUUUAUUAAAUAGAUUAGAAGAUGAUAAACAAACAGAAAAACUUUCAGUAUACAAACGGUUUACAUAUAUAUUGUUUUUUUCCGUUACAAUUGCUUUUAUUUAUUUAAUGUUGGAAGUUCGUUUUUAUUUAUGGGACAUUGUAGAAAGAUGGAGAUAUCAAUGGAUUUUUCAGGAUGCAAUCCCAUUUUUUUUUGUUGCCAUACUUAAAUUAAAUUUACUACUACUCUGGGUCCCAAAAGAAAAUUCAAAAAAAUAUCUGGUUGCAGCAGAAGUACCGAUUGAAGUUACAAUUGAGCUCGAAACGCAUGAAUUAAAAAAAAUGAGCUUUAAUAAUGAAAAAGAUCUAGAUUGUUUUGAGAACACAAAUGAAACUCAAAACGAGGAUUUUUGUUUUAAUAUCGAAAAUUUUCUCUCAUAUCCUGAUUCAGAUUACGAGAUCAAGAAAUCUGAACAUUUAAAUCAAUCGAAUAAUCUGGUGAUAUCAGAUAAUAUAAAUUACGUGAAAGAAAAUCGAGGCAAUCUUAAUAAAUAUAUUGGAGAAAAAUUUGAAGUAAAUAAGGAAAAUUCAAUGCAUUUAAUUAAUUUAUCGACAAGAAAUAGUUAA